AUGGGUGGCGACGAGGAGUUAGCGAAGCACACGAAGGUUAAAAUCAUCGGAAACAAUCGAACGAAACAAAAACUGGUCGGCUUAAACGCGACGGUGAAAAAAUCAGUCAACUUGGGCGGCUGGCACUGGUUACUACUCGAAAACGGAAAAGAAGUUCGCUUACAAAAGAACGCGUUGGAAGUGAUUUCACUACCCACGGGCGAGGAAGAAGAUUCGAUCGAGUUUCAAACGAAAGAAGACGACGACGGGUCGCACGUGGAAAGCGGGGAGAUCGAAGAGAUGGACCAGGAAGACGAGGAGAUGAAGGAAAGGAACGAAGAUGAGGAGAACAACAACGAGGAGAAAGAAGAGAAGGACGAUGGAGACUCCAUGGAGGAUGAGGACGGGAAUGCGAACGAAGAAGAAGGCGAUGAUGAAGACGAAGAAAAGAAAGAAGGCGAAGGGGAUGCCGAAGACGGCGACGGCGACGAAGAGGACGAGGAAGGCGAUAAAGAAGGCGGCAUGAAAGCGAGGUUACGACGACCGACGAGAACGCCCGGGAAUGGACCACCGAGUCAACAAGCCGCGGCGGCGAUGAAACGAAUCGUGGAUAAAAGAAACGCCGGGAAACCGAACUGCAACGUAAACUUCAACAGACUCACCGGUCCGACUUUGCUCAAGUAUAAGAAAUUUUACCAAAUGCCAGGCGCGGAGACCGACGACGUUAUUAAAGGGAAAGCAAAGAUGGUGGAUGAAGUCACUCGGCAUUUCAUGUCGCAAAAAGUGGACGAACAGAAGUGCUUGGCGCAGUUCGUCGCGAGUUUAGCGAGCACGACGCGUUGA